CUUGACAGUUCAAGAUCGUAAUUAUUCACACUCACAAUGUCGGAAACACAAGACAGCUUCAGCUCAUAUGAUGGCAGUUGCCACUGUGGACAAGUUAGCUUCACGGCGCAGCUCUCCUCGCCUAUAGGAGAGCAGGUUGUCAAUACUUGCAAUUGCUCGAUCUGCAGUAUCAACGCUUAUAUUAUGGUUUAUGUUCAAAAGGCCAAUCUUACGUUCCAUAACAGCGACGAUGCUGUCAAGGAGUACCGCUUCGGAACCAUGAAAUAUCCCCACGGAUUCUGUCCUAACUGCGGGACUAGUGUCUACCUUCGAGCUCUUGAUGGUGAAUACAAAGAUAUUGUGGCUGUGAAUUUCUAG